AUGUCCAACCCCUGGUCUCCAACACAGCCUGAAACCAACAACACAAAACCACCACAUUGUACCACCAACACUUCCUCCAACAACACCACUGACCAACCAACCAACACAGAACCGCCAACAACUGUGCACCAACCACAGUGUCACAGAACAACCAACAACACAGUGCCACCAACAACCACCGCCGACAACUGUGAGCACCAACAACAGUGCCCCAAACUGACAACACAACGCCAGAAACAAAACCGCCGACUCCCCCAAACCCCCCACAACCUCCGAACAAACAACACAACUUACCACCGACCAAAAGGCCCCAAAAAGUGCCACCACAACAAACCCACUGUGACAACACCACAAAACAACCCUACAAACAGAACCGCGACAACGGCCCCAACCACCAACCCCCAACAAGUACCACCGACAACUGACCAACCAACGCCACAACAACAACCCGACACUGUGCACCAACACAGACCGCGACCAACCCAAAACAACGAACCCCGAAACGUCCCAACACAACCACCACUCCUCCCCAAACAGAAAGCCGACAACUGUGCACCAACACCAGAACCGCCACAACAUGCCACAACUGCAACAACCCACGUGCCAAAAAAGAACAAUGCGACAACUGUGCCACAACCACCACAAACCGCCGAACGUGCCACCAACCGCACAGUCCCAACACAAACCAAAGAACCGCCGACAACUGAGCACCACCACAGUGUGCCACCAACAACAGAAAGCCUACAAACUGUGCACAACCACACAGUGCCUCCAACAACAGAAGCCGACAACUCCACCACAACGACCACCACCACAGUGCCACCAACAAAGAACAGCCGACAAUUUUCACCAACACCACAGUGCCUCCAACAACAGAACAGCCGACAAACUGUGCCACCAACCCCGUGCCACCAACAACAACGCCCCCCCAACAAGACGCCGACAACUGGCCACCAACCAGAACGCCGACAACUUGUCCACCAACCACCCACAAGUGCCACCAACCAGAACCGCCGACAACGUGCACCACCACACCACAGUGCCCAAACCAAAAAGCGAAACCCCACCAACAACCGCCGACAACUGUGCCCCAACCACCCCAUGCCCCAACAAAGAACAGCCGACAACUGUGCCACCAACCACCACAGUGCCUCCAACACACAGAACGCCGACAACUGUGCCACCAACACAAACCCCAACAAAAACCGAAGUGCCACCAACAAAACCCGACACUGUGCCACCAACAACAGAACAGCCGACACUGCACCAACAUGCCACCAAAACAGACCCCAACUGUGCCCACCAACCCCCAGUGCCCAACAAAAACAGCCGACAACUGUGCCCCAACCACCACAGUGCCCAACAACAGAACGCCACAACUGUGCCGCCACCAACCACCACAGUGCCACCAAAAACAGACGCCCCAACUGUGUCACCAACCACCACAGUGCUCCAACAAUAGAACAGCCACAAUGUGCCCAACACCACAGUCCAACAACAGCCAAAAGCCCCAACGUGCCCACACCAAGUGCCACCAACACAGUCAUCCAAAAAGCACCGCACGGCCACCAACACGCCACAGAACGACCCCACAACCACCACCACAGGCCUCCAACAACAAACAGCCGACAACUGUGCCACCAACCACCAAUGCCCAACACAGAACAGCCGCAACUUCCAAACAAAAACCCGCAACGUCCAACAAACCGCCACAACUUCCAACAACAGAACCCCAAAAAUGACAACUCCCACAAAAACCCACGAAAGCCUCAACUGCUACCUUCAACACAGAGCCCACAACUGACACCAAAAACAGUGCCCACAACCAACUGCAACAAAACCGCCGACAACUGUGCCCACAACCAGCCACAUCGUCCACAACAGAACCCACACUGUCCUCAAACCAACUAG